ACGCCCAGCGACGACGACAACGACAACCAGCCCUUCAACGGAAUCGCCAGUUCCCUAAUUCAAAAUGACGAAGGGUACCUCCAGCUUCGGCAAGCGCCACAACAAAACCCACACUCUCUGCAGACGUUGUGGCCAGCGCUCCUUCCACAUCCAGAAGUCGACCUGUGCCAACUGCGGCUACCCCGCUGCUAAGACUCGCAAGUUUAACUGGGGCGAGAAGGCCAAGAGGAGAAAGACCACUGGCAGCGGCAGAAUGAGGUCCCUCAAGAGCGUCCACCAGCGCUUCAAGAACGGAUUCCAGGUCGGCACCCCUAAGGGCGCUCGUGGCCCCGAGAACCACUAG